CAUCACGGUUGUCCUCGGGGUGAUGGAAGCUGUCACAUUUCUGAGAUGAGGUUUUUGUGGAAAAUGCUCCAACGGGUUGUUUCGUAGCCUGAUUGUGAUGCAUCCGUGUAAUUACAGGAAACCAGAGCACUCAGUGUUUCAAAUUAAUUAUUUAAAUGUCUUAAGCCUCUGGCUUCGCUAAAGCUGCCUGAUGACAUUUGCUGCUGUCCUCUUAGCGACAAAGAGCACUUAAAUAUGUAGCUUAUAAAGUUGACUGAAUACUGCUGUUGCAGCUGGAUUUGUGUGGACAAUGCUUCCUAAAAGAAGUGAUUUCUAUGCUUUUGGGUGGAAUUGCAGCUAGAUCUCAGGUAGGCUGAUUAUAGUAGGUUUGCAAGAUUACUUUCAUUAUUGAUUAAUCUUCAGAUUAUGUUCUUGAUUGAUUGGUUUGGUCUGUAAAAUGUCAGAAAAUGGUUUAAAAAUACUUGUUUUCUGAGUACAAAACCCCAAAAUAUUUAGUUUAUUUUCAUAGAGGAGAAAGAAAAACACAAAUAAUUCCCAUUUGAGAAGCUGUUCCAGAGAGUUUUGCUUAGAAAAUUCCUUAAAUGAUUGAUGGAUUAUUGGAAUUUUAUCAAAGCAGUGAUUAUUUUUGCCUAACAGUGCUGCAAAGACAAUACAUGUGUUUAUUUUUUUACAUUGUGAAUGGUGACGCAUAUACUGUUGCUUGGCUCCUGCAUCAACUCAAAGAUUUAGUUAUAACUCCAUAUAAUCCUACUGUAUGUAAUAUGAUGCAGAAAUGCCAAGAAAACUAACUGCUUCCUUUUUAAAAAAUCAGCUUCAUGCAUCCAAAUAGAGGAGCAGAUGUAAAUCCUCACUUUAGGAAAGGAUCCAAAACCGAGCAGGUUUGCUCCCCAGAUCAGGUUAUGUUUUGUGAUUAUCUGUUUAAGCCCAUAAUCCCUCUCUAAUCAGCAAUAUUCAAUGUCUGCUCAUAGAGAAUUGAGUGAAAUGAUUUCAGGUUGUUUUGGUAGGAAGAAGGUAACGAUGCUGUUCAGUGAUCAGACUCCGAUCUGAAGACGAGAUGCCCGUCAGUGGCUGCACGAUGCUCGCUGCUCUGCUGCCUCUUCUUCUCAACGCGGUGCUGGGCUCCAGGCUGUGUCCCAGCUACUGCUUGUGCUACGAAUCCUCUGGCCUUGUGGACUGCCGGUCUCGGGGUCUGGACGACGUCCCUAACAGUGUCCCCCACGGCAUUUGGCUGCUGGACUUGAGUGGGAAUAAGCUGACUGAGGUGCACAGCAGAUCCUUCGUGGGACUGUGGUCCCUUAAGAUCCUCCUGAUGUCCAACAACAGCAUCCAAACUCUGCAACCACAGUGUCUGUCAGCACUGCAGUUUCUGGAGAGGUUGGACUUGAGUUUCAACCGGCUGCGUCGGCUCCCUCAGGACUUCUCUCAGAGUCUGUCCUCCCUCCAGGAGCUCCAGCUGGACCACAACCUGCUGCAGAACCUGGACUCCACUUCACUGGGUGAUUUUGAAAACCUGAAGAAACUGGAUCUCAGUUAUAACCGCAUCCGGGCGUUGGAUGUCAGGGCUUUCGGAGGCCUGUCUCAACUGAGCCUCCUCAACCUGGAAGGAAACAGUCUGAACGUGCUUAAAGACGGCGUGUUGAGCCGGCUGCAAAGCCUGGAGGUGCUGCUGCUCAGCCACAACAACAUCUCACUGAUCGAGACCGACGCUCUGGCUCCGUUGCGGGGUUUGACUCUGCUGGGUCUUCAGGGAAACCGUCUGCAGCACAUCAGAUUCAAGACCUUCCUGAAGCUCCAGUCCACCAGCACCACCACCCACCUUCAGAUGUCCUUCAACCGCUGGACCUGUGACUGCGAGCUGCAGCGCGUGUUCGGCAAGAUCCGUUAUGUUCGAUAUCUGCAUGUGGACGACUACGAUGACAUCGUCUGCCAUGCUCCCGCUCAGCAAGCCGGAAGUCUCCUGGCAUCGCUGGACAGCCAGCUGUGUAUCGUUGAGACGGCAUCGGUGCUCGCCAUCACCAUCACCGUGUUGCUGGCUGUGUUUGGUGCGCUGGUCAAAGCAGAGCACAACCGCAAGAAGAACAUACAAACUGCAAGUGAUACAGAGUCAGAGUCAGCACAGAGACAAGAAAAAUGAUGGGUUUUAUUCUGGGCGUGUAAUACUUUGACAUUGUUGCCAACCCGGUCUCACAGGAAGGCGUAUACAUAGCAUAACAUUACACAUCCGCGUGUCAUAAGGACGCAUUUUAGCCUUUUCACGUGUCAGUUGUACACCACUUUUUGCGUGCCAUUUGUACGCCACGCAACAAAACUACAAUAUCCUCCGCAGUGAGGUUGAGGCAACAAAACCGCUCAUUUCGGUUGAGACAACAAAGACCCUCACUUCGGUCGAGGCAACAAAACCACUUAGUUAGGUUUAGGAAAAACAUCAUGGUUGGGCUUAAAAUAAUUACGUAAAAUAAGAAAAACAAAAAAAACCAACAUGAACCAAAACAACAUAACAUAAGUACAGAAAACACUUCACAAACGUCACUGAAAAAUGUGAUAAAUGUCUCUAACGUAACUUACAAAACGCCAUUCUCAAACACUGGUUUCCUGGUUAAGUCGUGUGUUUGUUGGACUCACACACUUCCCCUCCCGCUCACCAUAAGCCGUCUUUUUCACUUUUUAUUCUACGUCACUAGCUCUGAGCGUAGCAUAUUUACGUGGAUUUGUGUACAUUGGACUUGGUGCAGAUUACAUGGCGUACAAAUGACACACCAAAAGCAAGAAAGGCGUUUGUAUUGCGCGCUAAAUGCCUUGCGCGUUAUUGUGGCAUUUAUGCGCCUUUUUGUGAGAACGGGCUGUUGUUGCAUUUACAUCAUAGAUUGUAGUCAACCACACGAUAUCGUGUUUUAUUCAGCCCCGUCUUUAUAUUUAGAUCACCUUUUAAAGCUUUCUUUGAAAGCACAAGAGAAUAAAUUGAACAGAGUAAUAUCAGGAAUACACUCGCUAUAACACACACAUACUUGAACUCUUAUUAGGCUACUGUAUAUUGAUUAUUUACUGUAUACUAUUGUCUUUUUAAAUGUUAGUGAUGGCGCAAUUAAAGUAAUUGUAGGUCAAGAAUGUCACUACAUAUACUUGUAUAACCAGUAUUUGACCAAUAAACCUUGAUAAAAGUAA